CACUAACGGCACGGUGAUCAACAUUUCCAAACUGGUCAAGAAGCAAACUCACAUGCUGCAGAACGGAGAUGUCAUCUACUUUGUGUACAGGAAAAGUGAGCCAGAACAAAACAUUGCCUAUGUUUACCACUCAAUCAAAACGGAAGAAGCUAUUUCCCAUUAUAGUUACGACGUGGAGCAGUCGGCCCUCAGUCCUGCUCCGCUCCCCCCCUCAGAGAUGCCUCUCUCUGUGGAGCCUGUGAUGCUCACUAAGGCUCCUCGUGAACCAGCUCAGGAGGAACCGCAGCCCUCCACCUCCUCUUCACACUUCUGCAUCGGGGGUCCCAACACCUCUGUUCCUGCGGCAACUACAGCCUGUACUGCCUCUGGUAGGUUCUCCACUAAAACACCAUGA